AUGGCGGCGGCAGCAGCAGGCACGCUGGGCGCCUCGGAAGGCGGCUACAUCCGCACCGUCCUGGGCCAGCAGAACCUGGCCGAGCUGGACAGCUCCAGCCUGGCGUUGCCCUCCACGCUGUCGGGCGGGCGGGCCGAGGCGCAGAAGUCGCUCCGCAUCCAGCGGCAGGUCCAGCAGACCCUGGCCCGGAAAAGCAGGGGCGCCCUGGCCAACGGGAGCCUGCACCGGACCUCUAGUGUUCCAGAAUAUGUGUAUAAUCUAGAUACGGUUGAAACGGAUUUUGCUUCACGACCUGCUGGGAGAACUUUGUAUUAUCAGUCUCAUCAGAAAAGCUCCCCAGUUAGUUAUGAAAAUGGCUGGGGUCCUCGAAGCAUGCAAUAUAGUUCAUACAAGUCCAUAGAAGAGAGGUCUCAAAGACAGCCCCUGAAGAGAUUAGAGGUUUCUCCGGAUGUUCCCGACAAGUUGGCUUAUCUGCAGAAUGGCCUUCAGUACAACAGAGGUCUAACUCUAAGGCCUGGAGAUAUCAGGCGGUCUGGUAUUGUGCCACCAAGAUACGCUCGCUCCGAGGCUGGUGGCUAUGGGAGCCACAGCCUUCUAAACAGAGGAAGCACCUUUCAAAGGCAUUUCUAUGUGGGGCCUGUCAAUGACACGGUGGUUGACAGUGUCCCUACCAGCCCAGGAGUGCCGCUCUAUCAACAAAUCAGGAGCAGUCGGAGCAUGACCAACCUUUUGGAUAGAGAUAGUUACCAGAAUUCUGAUGCUGCUGUGGGACAAGUCAGGUCACCCAUGGCUUCCCAAGCGGGAUCUCAAUACAGACAGUCAAUGAGGUCAAGCUGGCAUCAGAGUGCUUACCGGACGCAGAACACGAGGGAGGCCUCUCAGCCGGCUUCAGUCACCAGUGCUACUGCUGAGACAGGCGGGAGGAGGAUGGCCAUGACAGCAGCUAUGGCAGCUGCAGCAGGAAGUGGUCUCAUAGAGCAAGAAAGAGUAGCCAGUGGCAAGUGUCAGCUAGGGAGUCCAGAAGAGGAGAUGACUCUGGAGCGGGCUAUACAGAUAUUGAAAACUGAACAGGCCUUGUCCUCUCGGGUCCUCGCAGCUAUCAUUUUUAUACAGCACGAGAGCUUCCAGAGAGCAGAAGCCAGGAGGAAAGUCUAUUUGCUGCAGGGUAUUCCCAAACUCCUUGAAGUUCUGAAAGUGCAAAAUGAGGAAAUUCAAAGGGCAGCCUGUGGUGCUUUGAGGAACCUGGUAUAUGAAGACAAUGACAACAAAUUGGAAGUGGCUGAGCAGAAAGGGAUCUCGAUCCUACUGAGAUUAUUACAGCAAACAAGAGAUGUGGAGACAAAAAAGCAAAUUACAGGUUUGUUAUGGAACCUGUCCUCCAAUGACCAGCUGAAGAACUUGUUGAUCCAAGAGGCCCUACAUCCUUUGACCGAAAUUGUUCUCAUCCCUCACUCGGGCUGGCCAGAAAGAGACUAUCCCAAAUCGAGCAUUGUACCUGACCCUGAUAUUUUCUACAAUGCCACAGGAUGCCUGAGAAAUAUGAGCUCUGCUGGUCCUGAAGGAAGAAAAAGGAUGAGAGAAUGUAAUGGGCUGAUUGAUUCACUGGUGUAUUACAUACAAGGAACAACUGCAGACCAUCAACCUGAUGACAAGGCCACAGAGAAUUGUGUGUGCAUUCUUCAUAAUCUCUCCUAUCAAUUAGAGUCUGAGCUCCCAAGUAGCUACACCCAGAAUAUCUAUAUACAAAGAAGAGACGUUUCCCCCAACAGCAAUAGCAUCGGAUGUUUUGGAUCAAGGAGCAGAAAAGCAAAGCAGAACCAACAGGACCUGCCAUUGCCAGAGGAAAAGAGCAACCCCCAUGGCAUCGAAAAACUCUGGCACUCCACACUGAUAAGGAUAUACCUGUCCUUAAUAGCAAAAAGCACAAGGAACUUUACCUGGGAAGCGUCACUGGGAGCACUCCAGAACCUCACCGCAGGCAACGGACCAAUGCCUUUUGGGGUAGCCCAAACCAUUGUCCGGAAGGCAAAUGGCCUCCCAAGUAUUCGAAACAUGCUUCACUCAAGCAAUCCAAGUGUCAGGAAAACGGCAGUCUCCCUGGUCAGGAAUUUGUCUCGUAACGCCUCAUUACGGAACGAGAUAGUUCACUGGAAGAAUUGCUUCCAUCGUGUGCUGGUAAGCUUGUGUCUGGCCUGUAUCCAGAUUGCAGGCGGGAUUCCAAAUGAUAAGCUGUUCCUCAGCACCAAAAACAAAAAUCUUUGCACAUAG